UUGCAUCGGGAGGCCCCGCCCACAGAAGCCAUGUUGAAAUUUCUUCCUGGAUCUGUGGUAAAGUUCAGAGAAGGGGCAAAGAGUGUAGACUUCCCGCAGGAGUGAAUAUUGUUCUUUUGACUGUGACAGAAUGAACAGCUGCAAUUUAGUAACAGUAAUGAGGAGUUUCAGGAGAACUCAGCUGCUCCUCCUACCUUUCUCCUCCUCGGUGGUGCAGCAGAGCCACCUGGUGUCCACACAGCCUGUACCAGCAGCUCGUCUGCCCUGCAGAGUCAAGUUGUCUGCUGGGAAACGCUACGCCUGGUGUGCAUGUGGACACAGUAAAAAACAGCCUUUUUGCGAUGGAGCUCACAAGUCCAAGGCCCCCAACAUCCCACCACUGCGUUUCACAGCAGACAAAGACAGAACAGUCUUUUUGUGUGCCUGCAAACAAACCAAAAAUGCACCGUACUGUGACAACUCCCACUUGAUGGUCAUCUACCGGGACGUCGUAAAAAAAGUGAAAAGCUUCUUUAAAUGAAGUUGUUUGAAGUCUGAGUGAUGGAGAGAAAUGUUUUGAUUUUUUGAUUUUUUUUUUUGGUCGGGUAUCAGGGAUUUUCCUUUUUUACUAGAUACGGAAUAUAUACUGUAUACGGGUGUAGUUUUUAAUUGAAAAGUGGGUCAUCGAUUUAUUAAUCUCUGUACUGUAAGGAACAGACUGACGUAAUAUAUAUAUAUACAUACAUACAUAUGUUUCGGUCGAUUUAAUCCACCAUGUUUAGCAGGAUUGUGCUUUUGGUUAGUAAUAAAGAUGCGAGGAAAUGUUAUGCUGUCAUCGGCGUACAGCGUAAGAGCUAAUUGUUCAACUGAUCAUGAUUCAUUUUCUACCUCACACAGUCCAACAGCAUCAAUUCUUUCAUGUCUGCUGUCCUUUGUUGUUUUAUGGUUGCGUACAUGACUUUAUUUAUACAUCAAUUCACAAAGUUUGUUCAUUUUUUUCAGCUUCGGGUUGUUCGAAAAAUCAAACUACCGUAUUUUUCCGGACUGUAGAGCACACCUGAAUAUAAGUCGCACCCACUUAUUAAAAAAAAAAACCAAACAAACAAACAUAUAUAUAAGCUGCACCAGACUAUAAGCUGCCUAUAUCCAAACUAGCGUGUUCUUCUUUGCUCUGACUUCCCCAGUCUUGUUUUUGCAAUUCCUGCUAGAAUGCCCCCUAGCGGCUGGAAAAAAAAAAUCCAUAGAAAAGCCGCAUCUUUGUAUAAGCCGAAUGGUUCAAAGCAUAGGAAAAAUGUAGCGGCUUAUAGUCCGGAAAAUACGGUAUUGAUGUUGUGAAUUAUUAAAUUCUGUGAUAAUAUUUGGUUCAAUGGUUCAAACUUGCAGGCCUUAUCUGUCUUUUUUGUUUUGUUUUGUUUUUUCUGGAGACAUUUUUUUU